AUAAAAAACCUAUAAAACCCCCGCACGCGCCCUGCCCUUUAUUUCCCCACCUUCUCCGCCCCCAUUCUGCCUACUGCAAAGCGUCCACACACCAAUAAAGAAGAAACAAAAGAGUUGGUUGAAGCCCGCAAAUGUCGGACGAGGAGCACCAUUUUGAAUCCAAGGCCGACGCCGGCGCCUCCAAAACCUACCCUCAACAGGCCGGUACCAUCCGCAAGAACGGCUACAUCGUCAUCAAAAACCGCCCCUGCAAGGUUGUAGAAGUUUCCACUUCCAAGACUGGGAAGCACGGUCAUGCUAAGUGUCACUUUGUUGGAAUUGACAUCUUCACUGCCAAGAAGCUUGAAGAUAUUGUUCCUUCUUCCCACAACUGUGAUGUUCCACAUGUCAAUCGUACUGACUACCAGUUGAUUGACAUUUCUGAGGAUGGAUUUGUGAGUUUGCUGACUGAAAGCGGCGGCACUAAGGAUGAUCUGAGGCUUCCAACUGAUGAUAACUUGUUGACCCAGAUCAAGGAUGGUUUUGCAGAGGGGAAAGACCUGGUUGUGUCUGUCAUGUCUGCAAUGGGGGAGGAGCAGAUCUGUGCUCUCAAGGACAUUGGUCCAAAGUAGUUAAAGAUUGAUUUGCAAAUCUACUAUUCCAAUUUUAAUUUAAAGAUUUUGUUGUAAAAGCUUUUAUAGCUUGCCUCUCCAUGACUUGGGUACGUAUAGAUGCUGUUUGGAUGGGUUCUAUGUUUGGUUUGGAUACGAAAACACCAUUACUAGUUUCAUGUUGUGCUAUGGUUUAUUAUUGUUCCCUUCGAGUCCCUUUUUCUUCAAAAAAUCAGACUAAGGCGGUUUUCAUUUCA